AUGCUCAGCGACAAUAACUAUAUAAAUGUCUGCGAUACCAAAUUUCCUAAACAUUGGAGUCUCGGUUGUAAUAGUGGACCUAUAAACUUUCACUCUGCACAAAUACCCGAGUCUCCAAAAUAUCUGCAUCACAACACAGCAGAGUUUCCAUUCUCUGAUGAGGCAUCCGACCACGAUAAACUUCUAAUAAAACAAAUAAAAGCAGUACAUGACGCAGAAACACUCAACACAGAAGAUGAUUUCGACAUAGCCAUGGCACUAAAAAGAUGGUGCGAAAAGAACGACCAGACGCCCGAAAGAAUUUAUCAAAUACUAAAAAAGAAUUUUUUGAGUUCUCCCGCAUACUGGUUAUGUCUUCUAGGAUUUUUUGAACAAUGUAGACUCGGGACCACUGGGGAUUCAAAAAAGGCGUUGCGCUUUUAUCUUAUCGCAGCGGCUGGAUCCGAUGCAUUUGCGGCUAAUCAAGUGGGUUUUAUUCAUCCACAUCAUGACCGGGAUUCCAAAUACUGCACAAAGUUUUAUAAAAAAGCUGCGGACGGGGGUCAUGUACAUGGAUAUUUGAAUCUGACUAAUAAGUAUUUGUCCGAUAAACAGUACAGGAAAUAUUUUAUUUGUUUUUACCGUUCCGCUUGUAAAGGUCAUUUGAGUGCUUAUGAUCAAGUGAGUGUUUGCUACUCGGAAGGACGUGGUGUUCAAACGGAUAAACAUAUGGCAUUUCGAUGGGAUUUACGACUCAAGAAAGCCAAAAGAAAACCAAGAAUAUGA